AUGUCAAAUCACAUAAAGGCUUGCAAAAAGAAAGACCAGCCUGAUACCGCUCCGCAGGAUUCACAUGUUUCUUUAUCGUCAAAAAAUGAUACUCCUAAACGAAUUUCAUCAAAAGUGAAAAAAUUGAUUACCGAUGCGUGCGUUGAAUUCUCUUCACUCGAUAAUCGUCCUUUUGAAACUGUCAAAGGUGCUGGAUUUCUUCGGUUAAUGGAAGCCGUGUUUGCUGCUGGUCAACGUUUGUCUGCAUUACCAAGUGUACAAGUCACCGAUUUGAUACCUGAUUCAACUACGAUCAGUCGAAAUAUAAAUCAAGUUUAUAAAUUACGAACAGAUCAAUUAAUUCAAUGGUGCAAAACAAUUGAUAGUUAUUGUAUCACGGUAGACUUCUGGACUGAAGGUCAUACUGGUAUACACUUUGGAGGCAUUUCGCUUCAUCACAUUGAUAAAAAUAAUCAGCUACACGUAUUUAUCCUCGGGUGUUAUCCAUAUGAUGAAAGUGAUCAAAAAGCACCAAGUGUUCGUACAUUUGUUGAAAGAAUAUUAGAUGAAUAUGGAUUGAAACUUGAUGAUGGAAAAUAUGUUAUGAGCGACAAUGAAAAUAAAAUGAAAUCAACUUUUAAUUUUAAAUGUAAACGCAUCGGCUGUAGUUCUCAUUAUUUGAACAAACAGUUAGAGCAUGGUUUUACUUCUGAAACGAUUGAUAAACAGCCGGUGGAUUGUACCGAGGUUCAAGAAUUAUUCGACAAUAUAAAAGCAUUAAUAGCUCAUAUUCGUCGUUCCCAUAAGCAGCUGAAACUUUCAAGAAAACUUCAAGUUUAUAGUGAAACAAGAUUCAAUGGUGCUUUCUACAUGCUGAAUGUGUUUUUGGUGGUGUUUGAUGAACUUUUUCCUAUCAUUAAUGGUUCACAUUUAGAAAAUUAUAUAAAAAUAGAUAAGACUUUUCUACAAGAAGUUUGCGAGUUUUUGGUUCCAUUUGACAACGUUUUUCAACAAUUGAGCGUUACAGAUCGACCUACUCUUCAUCGAGUUAUACCAUUACGUCAAUAUUUACUUAAUUCUUGUAAAACUGAACCUGAAGAUCAUAGUGGAAUUAAAAAAUUGAAAGAAUUUUUAAGAAAAAGAAUUGAAAAAUGUUGGAUUCUCGAAGAUGAACAUUACCUUGCAACCAUCGUUCACCCUCGAUUAAAACAUUUUCAUAUGGGUGCACCUGGUGAUAAAGAAAAAGCAGUUCAUUUAUUAAAACUUGCAAUUCAGAAUCAAAUUACUUCCAAGCCGACUUCUUCGAACUUAUCACCUUUUCCAGAUACUACUGCAAACAAUAUGCCAUGUAACAAAUAUUCAAAUUUAUCAAAUGGAAAAAGUCUAUUAGCUCAAUGUUUUGAUCAAGUAUCAAAUCCUGAACCAUUUCAUAUAGUUGAAUGUGAAGAGUAUUUAAACUCAACAACGAAUAGUGAUGAAAAUGACGAUGACAACAUUUUAGAAUAUUGGACGAAACAACAAAAUCGAUUUCCAAAUAUUCAUUCACUUGCACGUAAAGUAUUGGCUAUACCUGCUUCGAAUACGGAGGUGGAAAGAUUGUUUUCAUGUUCGAAGAUGGUAGUGACAGACAAUCGAACUCGGCUUGACGCUGAAAAACUGAAUAAAAUCAUAUUUCUUCGCAAAAACCUCUAUUCAUUAAAACAAUUAGAAAAAAAAGAAGAAGUUAUUCAAGGAAGUCAAAAACGAAAAUCAAUGGAUGAAUGGAAGGUUGAUAGCGAAGGUGAAAGUGAAGGUGAACAGCGGACACCUUCAAUAGUGAAGAGACAUAGAAUUGGAGACAACAAUUCCGCACCAAGUGAGGAUGAACUCGAAGAGUGA